UCCUCCAUCACAUUGUUCUGCUGCUGCCGGCAAGCAGCAGCUUCCUCCUCACACAUCUCGCUGAUGUGGAAAGACGCCAUUUGUAAUGGACCUCCUUGUUCGUGCGUGUGGCGGUGGUCGACACACAUCUAAGAGCUGGUAGUCCACCAUGCUGUGAGACAAGACACACCGCUGGACCAGGACCGAGCUCAGGAGCCUGAGUUGAGGCAGUUAUGGCUCCCAGACCGUCGUCAGGGGAACUAUGGGGUCUCCAUCUGAUGCCCCCCCGCAUCCUGGUGGACUGCUGCCUUCCCAAUGGCAUGAUGGUGAGUCUGGAGUGUCUUCGAGAGACUCCUCUCAUCAGCAUCAAACAGCAGCUUUUCACCGAGGCCAGGAAGUAUCCACUCUACCACCUUCUGCAGGAGGAGUCCAGCUACAUCUUCGUAGGUGUGACCCAGGAAGCUGAGCGGGAGGAGUUUUAUGACGAGACAAGGCGGCUGUGUGACCUUCGACUGUUUCACCCCAUUCUUAAGGUGAUCGAGCCCCUGGGAAACCGUGAGGAGAAGAUCUUGAACCGGGAGAUUGGAUUUGCAAUCGGGAUGCCGGUGUGUGAGUUUGAGAUGAUGAAGGACCCUGAGGUGCAGGAUUUCCGUCGUGCCAUACUGGGUGUCUGCAGGGAGGCCAUGGAGGAGCGUGAGGGGGGCGGCGCCCAUAGCCAAGCCCUCUACGUUUAUCCCCCAAAUGUGGAGUCCAGCCCUCAACUCCCACAGCACAUCUACAGCAAGCUGGACAAAGGGAGAUUGAUCGUAACCAUCUGGGUGAUCGUGUCUCCGUCCAACUCCAAACAGAAAUACACUUUGAAGGUGAGCCAUGACAGCCUACCUGAGCAGUUGAUAGCAGAGUCCAUCAGGAAGAAGAGCAGAUCCAUGCACCUUUCACCUCAGCAGCUCCGCCUGUGUGUCCAGGAGUAUCAGGGCCAAUACAUCCUGAAGGUGUGUGGCUGUGAUGAGUACCUGUUGGAAAAGUAUCCUCUCAGUCAGUACAAGUACAUCCGCUCCUGUAUCAUCGUGGGUCGCCUUCCUCACCUCAUGCUGGUCUCCAAAGACAGUCUCUACUCACAGCUUCCCGCUUCCGGCUUUGUCACGCCUUCAUACAGUCGUCGAACUCCGCAGCCAUCUCCCUGUCUCGGAGGAUCCGACGGUUCUCCUCCACGCUCGCUGUGGGCAUUCAACACCCGGCUGCGGGUUCGACUGCUCUGUGCCACCUAUGUCAACGUAAACAUCCGAGAUAUCGACAAGAUCUAUGUACGGACGGGUAUUUAUCAUGGAGGAGAGCCACUCUGUGACAAUGUCAACACACAAAGAGUCCCCUGCUCCAAUCCAAGGUGGAACGAGUGGCUGACCUAUGACAUCUACCUGUCUGACCUCCCUCGCUCAGCCAGAGUCUGCCUGUCUAUCUGCUCCGUGAAGGGAAGAAAAGGGGCCAAGGAGGAACAUUGUCCACUGGCCUGGGGAAACGUCAACCUCUUUGACUAUAAGGACAUUCUGGUGUCAGGGAAAGUGGCGCUCAGUUUGUGGCCCGUCCCUCACGGACUCGAGGACCUCCUGAACCCCAUCGGAGUGGCCAGUUCCAAUCCUAACAAGGAGUCGCCUUGUGUAGAACUUGAGUUCUCCUGGUUCAACCAGCCGGUGAUGUUUCCCGAUGAGCAACAAAUUGAAGAACACGCCAACUGGACCAUCAGCAGAGAGUUAGGCCUCAAUUACACACACGGCCUGAACAGUCGUCUGGCAUGUGACAGCAGCGUUUCAGCAGCGGAUGCUGAGCAGCUUCGGGGUCUCUGCUGUAAAGAUCCUCUCUAUGAGCUCUCUGAACAAGAGAAGGACUUCCUGUGGAGACACAGACAUUACUGUGUCAAUAUUCCAGAGUCUCUUCCAAAGUUGCUUCUUUCCGUAAAGUGGAAUUCCAGAGAUGAAGUAUCUCAGAUGUACUGUUUGUUGAAGGAGUGGCCUCUCAUGGAACCCGAGCUGGCUCUGGAGUUGUUGGACUGUAACUUCCCUGACCCGGUGGUGAGAGAAUUUGCGCUGCGCUGCCUGGUCCAGAGUCUGACGGACGACAAGCUGUCCCAGUACUUGCUGCAACUCGUACAGGUGCUGAAGUACGAGAUGUACCUGGACAACCCGCUGGCCCGUUUCCUGAUAAAGAAGGCGCUGACCAAUCAGAGGAUAGGACACUUCUUCUUCUGGCAUCUCAAGUCCGAAAUGCACAACAAGACGGUGUCGCGUCGUUUUGGUCUGCUGCUUGAAGCCUUCUGCAGAGCCUGUGGCAUGUACCUGAAACACCUGAACCGACAGGUGAGCUCCUCUGGUCAAUCGCACAUGCAUUUUCGGAUUAUCAGGAGGCCCCUGUGUGUGUUCCUGCAGGUGGAGGCCAUGGAUAAACUGGUCAACCUCACAGAUACUCUGAAACAAGAAAAGAAGGACGAGACGCAGAAAACUCAGAUGAAGUUCCUGGUUGAACAUAUGUCCCGUCCAGAUUACAUGGAAGCUCUGCAAGGAUUUGUCUCUCCUCUGAACCCAGUGCACCAGCUGGGACACCUCAGGCUGGAGGAGUGUAGGAUCAUGUCAUCAGCAAAGCGCCCCUUGUGGUUAAACUGGGAGAACCCUGACAUCAUGUCUGAACUGCUCUUCACCAACAAUGAGAUCAUCUUCAAGAAUGGAGAUGACUUGCGGCAGGACAUGCUGACGCUGCAAAUCAUCAAGAUCAUGGAGAACAUCUGGCAGAACCAAGGCCUAGACCUGCGGAUGCUCCCGUACGGAUGCCUGUCCAUCGGAGACUGUGUGGGUCUCAUCGAGGUGGUGAAGAACAGUUUCACUAUCAUGCAGAUUCAGUGUAAAGGAGGCCUGAAGGGGGCGCUGCAGUUUAACUCCAACACUCUGCACCACUGGAUCAAAGACAAAAACCGUGGAGAGGCUUACGAUCGAGCCAUCGACUUGUUCACCAGGUCUUGUGCUGGUUAUUGCGUGGCGACGUUCAUUCUGGGAAUCGGUGACCGCCACAACUCAAACAUCAUGGUGAAGGAGAACGGGCAGCUAUUUCACAUCGACUUCGGUCACUUCCUGGACCACAAGAAGAAGAAGUUUGGCUACAAGCGGGAGCGAGUUCCUUUCGUGCUAACGCAGGACUUCCUGAUUGUCAUCAGCAAAGGAGUCCAGGAGUCAACCAAGACAAAAGAGUUUGACAGGUUCCAGGAGAUGUGUUACAAAGCGUACCUGGCGAUCCGUCAGCACGCCAGCCUCUUCAUCAACUUGUUCUCGCUGCUGCUUGGCUGUGGGAUGCCUGAACUUCAGAGCUUUGAUGACAUCGCCUACCUGAGGAAGACCCUCGCGCUGGAGAAAAGCCAGCAGGAGGCGCUGGAGUAUUUUACUAAACAAAUGAAUGACGCUCACCAUGGAGGCUGGAGCACCAAGAUGGACUGGAUCUUCCACACGAUUCGACAUAUGCCCAAUGAGCACUAAAACACACACACACACACACACACACGGAAGCACUAAAUGUUGUCAUGGCAACAUGACUCUCAGGGUUGUAGGUCAGAGAAUGCCAAAGGCGUCUUCCAUUCGGUGCUAAUGUUAGCCAGUUAGCUGCUGUUGUAGCAUAUAUUUCAAUCAAACUUUAUUGAGAAGAGCAAUAAACUCAAGACAAUCAGCCCGAGGCAAUCAGAGUGGGCAAUACUGCAAAUUUUGAUAUCAAUCAGAUACCAAGUAAAUACAUGGCCAGUAGUACUUUUUACUUGAAAUUUUUUAAGAUCAUUGAAUAGUUUUGCCUUUUAAUAUGUCGGUCAUGAUUAUAAUCAGAAUAAAAUGCAAAUAUUUUAAAUAUUUUUAUCAACAAUCUUAUUUGUGACAACAUAAAUAAAGAACGAUAUAAAACAAUAUCAACAAACUAAUACAAUUAUUCCUUAUAUUUAUACAAUUGUUAGCCCUCCUGUGUCCAAACCCUGAGUUUGUAACAAUGUAAAAUAUAUUUAAAUUAUAAUAGCGACAAAGUAACGAUAUAACAACACAACAACAAAAAAAGAUAUACAUAAGAGAACUUAAAAAUAUCAACGUCAUCACACUAGAAUCAAUCUAAUAGUGAUACUACCCUAGGUUUAGAUCUGAUCAAUAUUUGGAUUGAGCCCCCUUCACUAACCGAUCAAGGAAAACUAGGCGCCAUUUCAGUCUGAAUUUGGUUUCUCUAUAAUAUCAAUAUGUUUGUUUAUGGCGAUUAAAACAUUGUAAAUCUAGCAAAACAAAACAACUACUAACUUCCUCUUGACUGAAUCAACUGUGACCAUUUCUUUCAUUUCUUCAUGUUACCUUGAAAAAAAAAAACAAUCAGCUGCUCGUUAGCAUUGUUGCUAACUGUCAUUAGCUAGCUAUCUAAAUGUGACAACAACUAGGAUGUUAGUCUAAGGCUUGUUUGUGCUCAGGUCAGAGGUCAGGUCGCAUCGUGCACCUAAUAUCAGUGAUACUUUGUUGCCAUGGUGAUGAUGAAAAGCUGUGAUUGUAAGAUUUCAGUAGGAAUGACUGCCUCAUGUAUUUGAUGCAGAUGUAAUCAUUGUCUAUUGAUUUAUGAUGAGUUAACUUUUUUUUUUUGUCGUUCAACGCACACGAUGAGUGAAUCACUGAAGAAACUUUGAUCUCCUACUGUAUGUUGCAAUCUUGUAUUCGAUACGGAGAGACUUAUUCGCUGUUACGUUUGCCAUUAUUGUUCAAAUUGGAGCGCAUGGCUGCAUCACGUUUGCACUAAUAAAGUGACUUUUGUUUAUAAGCCACUGAAAAAUAUU